AUGGCGGCGACGUUGGAUACCCCCGCCGCCUUAGCGACCGUGGAAACGGCUGUCCCGGGCGAGCCGGUCCCGGCUCCGGAACCAGCCCCCGGGCCGGCUCGCAGCCUGCGGACGGCUCACGACGUCGGCGGCCCGCCGACCCGCACGGGGGACGUGCUGCUGGACGAGCCGGGGGACUUCGAGUCGCUGCUGCUGUCGCGGCUGGUGCUGGAGGGUUUGCGGGCCGCCGGCUUCGAGCGGCCCUCGCCGGUGCAGCUCAAGGCCAUCCCUCUGGGGCGCUGCGGCCUCGACCUCAUUGUUCAAGCGAAGUCUGGCACUGGGAAGACCUGUGUAUUCUCCACGAUUGCAUUGGACUCUCUCUUACUUGAAAACUUAAGUACCCAGGCAGAAUUAAACAGCUCAUAG